AUGGAAAAUUAUUUAGGCUCAAAUUUGAAACUUGGAGAAAGUGAAGUCACAACAUCAGAGCUUAAAAACAAAGGAAUGGUUUUACUUUAUUUUUCAGCUUCAUGGUCAUAUCCUUGCAGACGAUUUACUUCAAUUUUGAAAGAAUUUUAUGAAAAAGUGAAUAAGGUAGAUAGAGAAAUUGAGAUCGUUUUUAUAAGCUGCGAUCUUAAUGAAGAGCAAUUCAAUGAGUACUAUGGAACUAUGCCAUGAUACGCUUUACCUUUUGAAGAGCAAGGAAUUAAGGAUAUCGUGACAAGACAUUAUGAAGUUUCAGGGAUUCCUCAGUUAAUAUUAGUUAAUGAGUGUGGAGGAGUUGUGAGCGAUUCGUGCAGGCUAGAUAUUAUGAGUAAAGAUUCUAGUGAUUGCAUUUUAUAUUGAAGAGAUAAAAUUCAAUCUCGAUCCAGUAUUAUGAUGCUUUAA